CACGAGACGGCUCUGGAAACAACGAUGCUCCGCUUGGGGCGACACAAAGACGGAAGUCCUCGUUUCCUGAGAAACAGCAGCACGGAGAUGUGUCACAUAUUGCUGGAGGCACGAGAGCGUUGCGCUCCAAUCAGCACGCGCUGCCAAGCCAGAAAGAGAACCUCGCGUGAAUCCCCGCUGCCGAUGGACUUCAAAGCGUUCGGAGAAGAAGAGUCCUCCGAGGGCGACGCGGUUGACCUGGACAGCGUGAAGGCGCUCACGGAGAAGCUGAAGUUGCAGACCCGCCGGCCGUCCUACCUGGAGUGGCAGGAGCGCGUGCAGAGCCGACCGUGGAAGGGAAGUCCCGCGGCAGACCGCCCCGGCUCGGAGGAGCGGGGCGUCUCCGCGCCCGCGGUCCUGAGAAACGAGAACUCGGAGCUGGUGGUGCGCAACAUCUGUGGCUUUGCUACUAUCGAUGAUGCUCUGGACUUUCUGAGAAAAGAGCUGAGAGACAUGCAGGUCCAGGACCACCGCCUGGCCCGGCAGCUGAUCGGUCUGCGCGGGGAGAUCCACCGGCUCAAAGUGGAGCAGGUGUGCGAGCGCCACAAGGAGAUGCUGGACGACGCCACGUACGAGCUGGAGGAGUGCGGCGAAGAGUCGGACCUGCUGUGCGACAUCCCCAUGAAGGCUGCCUUCGCUCUGUCCACGCCGCUCAAACACCUGGGCCUCACCAAGAUGAACAUCAACUCCAGACGCUUCUCACUGUGUUAAAAAAGAAACCCCUCGUUUGGGCCUAUUUCCUCCUCGGGAGCUCAUUGAUAGAGUGAAGAGGGACUGAACAUGAUGUUGCACCUUGGCUUGACGUGCAUGAGGAGGCCUCAGUGUGUGCAGGCCUGGAGGGGCACACGCCCUUACUGGUAUACAGGCACACCCUCCUGCUGGACGGAGCCCGGGCCGCUCUGCUGUUGACUGUUCUUUGCACAGUCAUGUUAAUCAGAGAAGAUGAAGGCUUCGGGGCUAGACUGAGAUGCAAACAGAGAUAUAGAAUGAUGGCAUUAUAUCUUAUAGCCAAUGAUUUCGCAUUGUCAAAACAAAUUAUGCCACGUGUGCCAAGGAAGGUUGUGUUGCUGAAAGCUCGUCAUGGAGGAAGAAGCUCACUUCAGAAGAGAAGAGGGGAGCUUCAUAGUCGCAGUGCAGGUCGGAACACUUUAAAUCAGUGGUUUCCAACCUAGGGGUCGGGGUCCCAGACAAGGGGUCGCAAAAUUAAUCUGAGAGGUUGUGAUGGGAUUAACCAGAACAAGAUUUUUUUUUUUAAAUUACUGAAUAGUUACAUCUCUUCCAUCCUCUGGUUGAACUGGUUACAUCAAUAGAUGAGGGGUUGGAAGUGGUUUUAUUUUAGGAGGUCACAAUGCAAAAAUAAUGACACUUUACAUCACUAAUACCAUUUUUGUGUAGUAAAAAAACAAAGUAUGGCAAAUCUGGUCCAAUAACUAAAAUGUUCAGCAAAACUUUAAAGAAAAUCAAGUCCUUUGACAGAGCAGCAUAUUCCAGCUGUUGAAGCCUCCGUCCGGGCACUGUCCCGACCACUAUCCCCAAAGGAAGUGGGAGGUCACACUCAAGCAUUUUUACUCCUCUUCUUUACAAACCAAAUAUAUCUCAAUAUCCUUCGCAGUGCAGAGACAGGACCCAGGAGGCUAUGGCCUCAUGCUUUUUAUUUUCCAUUACCGUCUCCCGAUGCUGCGGAGCACGGUUUACAAACUAUAUGGCUGGACAGUGACCAAGUUGUGGCUCUGGCAAUAAAGGGCGAGUCAAGUGGUUUAUUUUAUCGCUUCAUAUUAUUAGAAAACAGUAAGUAGGGUGAAUGAGAUCUUUUCGCUUCAUAAUAUAUUAAUAUAUUGUAUUAAGUGUCAUGCUUCUGUAAUAUGAAUGUAUCUGUCUGACAAAUGAGAAUAAAGAGAAAUCCCUUCAAA